AUUUCUGCCAUGACCAACACUACAUGUCCCGGCAUGCAACGCGCAGCUGUCAAAGUUCUGCCCGCGCUAGUAGCGGAAUGAGGACAGAACGAAGGAAGAAAAUACUAAUCAAUGAACCGGACUCAUUUUUAGAAAGUGAUAGCGAAAUAGUCUGGCAUACACGUGGGGUCUCUUAGCUGAUUUGACAGGUUUACAUAUUUUUUUUUUAUUGUUCAGGCGGUGUUUUCAGGCUUCAUAGCGGACACCUAAGUAAGGACGGAGGGCUACUUCCGGAAAACCUUGUUCCCCACCAAGAUGGCGGCUCAGUUGGCGCUAAAUUCAGAAGCCAGCCUGUGGGGUCCUUACAGAGAAAUAUGGCAGACGGUGCUGAGCGCGCUCAUCAAGAGGCAGCCGGAAGCCGUUCAUUCGCUUGACAUUGUCUUGAAGAAAUAUAAACCGGACUUCAUCUCUCUCUUCAAAAACCCGCCAAAGAGCGCUCAGCAACAUGAGAGAGUCCAGAAAGCCAGCACGGAGGGGAUCCCUAUUAAAGGGACGCAGCGCACCCGGAUCCUGGAAGAACAGCUUAUUAAGGAAGCCUUUAUCCUUAGUGACUUGUAUAAUAUUGGAGAGAUAGCAGCUGUGGAACUUCUGCUUAUAGGUGAGCAACAGCAGCCUACUUUCCAUGGCCUGACCAGAGGCUUGGUAGCGAUACUCUUAUACUGGGACGGCAAGAGCUGCAUGGCUGAAUCCUUAUUACAUCUCAUCCAGGCCAGAAAAGGCAAGACCUUCACCUUGGACCACAGCCCCGAGGUUGUGUCCAUGGUAACUCGUUUCACCGAUGAUCUGAUGGAACAAGGCUUGACUAAUAAAAUCCUUACUUUGAUCUCUCAAAUUGACGUGAACAAUGAGUUUGACAAGUUGAAAAAGGAACGAGGUCUGGGCAAUAAGAAGCAUCGCAAAGAGGUUUCUGAUCUGAUAAAAGAAUGCCAGCAAUCCCUAGCACACAGCCUGUAUUCAUGGAGCUGCCAGACUCCAUUAAACAGAGAGGAUACACUACUUUUGAUUGGAUACUUGGAAAAAGUAACCGUAGAAGGAGAUGGCUCAUUGGACAAAGUGAACUUGACACUACUGAUGUCACUUCUCUAUUGCCUGGAUGUUGGCUUUUUGGAGCAAGGGACAGAUGAUCGAGAAGAACUGAUGAAGCAAGCAAGCAUGUUCAUGGACAGACAGUACAUUGCUGCUAUCCAUAAUCGUCUGCAGAACACUCAGCCAUGGAAGUCACCCGGCAUGCAGGCGACAGUCAGACUGGCUUGGGCCCUGGCUCUCCGAGGAAUCUCUCAGUUUUCAGAAGUCUUAGAGUUUUCAGAAGCAGAUGAGCCAAUGGCAGAGAUAGCUAUUGGUGGCAAUGUCUUUCUCUUCCUCACGGAGGCAGUGGUGGGAUCUGAAAGCUUCUGCACAGACGAAUUCUUUAUUCGCCGGAUUCACAAACUCGUCACUGAUUUCCUGACUCUCAUGCCCAUGAAAGUAAAGCAACUGAGAAAUCGUGCAGAAGAGGAUGCCCGACUGAUCCAAAUGAGCAUGCAGAUGGGGAAUGAGCCUCCUGCUUCUCUACGUAGAGAUCUGGAACAUCUUCUGUUACUGAUUGGCGAGCUGUACCGCAAAGACCCAUUCCACCUGGAACUGGCAUUGGAAUACUGGUGUCCCACAGAACCUCUCCAAUCAACCUCUUUGAUGGGAUCCUUUCUUGGUGUGGCCCACCAAAGGCCACCUCAACGCCAGGUUUUAUUGUCCAAGUUCGUGAGACAGAUGAGUGACCUAUUGCCGGCCACGCUCUACUUACCUUACCUGAAGAUGCUCAGGGGCCUUGCAAGUGGCCCUCAGUGUGCCCAUUACUGUUUCAGUCUACUAAAAGCCAAUGGGGGCAGCAGCGAGAACUUGCAAGCUGCAGGGGGCAGCCCAGUGUCCUGGGACCACUUCUUCCACUCUCUGAUGCUCUACCACGAGCACUUGCGGAGGGAUCUACCUAACACUGACAAUAUCCACCAGCGUCACCCUCCUCUCCGUGGUAUCACCCAGCGAGAGCUUGAUGGCCUCAUUGCCUGCUUGCAGCUCACCUGCACCAUCAUCGAUUGGAGUGAAAGUGCCCGUCUGGCUCUGUGUGAGCAUGCCCAGUGGAUGCCGGUGGUCGUUAUUCUUGGCCUCUUGCAGUGCAGCAUCCCACCUCUCCUUAAGGCUGAGCUCCUGAAGACACUGGCUGCCUUUGGCAAAUCCCCAGAGAUUGCAGCAUCCCUAUGGCAAUCCCUUGAAUAUACACAGAUUCUGCAGACAGUAAGAGCCCCAGGUCUACGGCAAGGAGUAGGAAUCGAGGUGGAGCUGAAUGAGAUUGAGUCUCGUUGUGAAGAGUACCCCCUGACUAGAGCUUUCUGCCAGCUCAUUAGUACUUUAGUUGAAAGCUCCUUCCCCACCAAUCUGGGAGCAGGUCUGAGAGCACCAGGCUUUGAGCCGUACCUCCAGUUUCUUCGAGACACCGUGUUCCUUAGGUACCGCACUAGAGCCUACAGGAGAGCAGCAGAAAAGUGGGAGGUAGCAGAGGCUGUGUUGGAUGUCUUUUAUAAGCUUUUGAAGGACUAUGAACCUCAGCCUGAAGACUUUGUGGACCAGUAUGUAGAGCUGCAAGGAGAAGAAAGGGUUGCUUUCAAACCCCCGGGGUUCAGCCUCAUGCAUCAUCUGCUCAAUGAGUCUCCUAUGUUGGAGCUUUGCCUCAGCCUCAUGGAAGAAGGGGUCACCCAGCUGGACACAUAUGCCCCUUUUCCAGGCAAGAAACACCUAGAGAAGGCAGUGGCUUAUUGUUUCAUGCUUCUGAAUCUGACUCUACAGAAGGAGAAUCGCUUCAUGGAUUUGUUAAGGGAAAGUCACCUGUCGAUGAUCGUGACCCCUCUGGAGCAGCUCUUGCAGGGAAUUAACCCACGAUCCAAGAAAGCUGAUAAUGUAGUGAAUAUUGCUCGAUAUCUCUGCCAUGGAAACAGCAAUGCUGAGCUUGCCUUUGAAAGUGCAAAGAUCUUGUGCAGCAUCUCCUGUAACUCUAAGAUCCAAGAAAAGAUUGUUGGAGACUUUACCCAAGAUCAGAAUGUGAGCCAGAAGCUGAUGGUUGGUUUUGUUUCGUGCUUGGACAGUGAGGAAGCAGAAGAGUUACUGGAUUCAGAGAAAGAGGCGGAGGAUCAAGUGAAGCAGACCAACAUUAGGUACAUGACAAAAAUUCACAUCCUCAAUCUUCUAAUCACCUCCCUGGAAAUGAAAGCUCCCAAUCUUGCGAUGUUCCUUCUUGGCUAUGAACUGAAGAAGCCAGUCAGUACAACCAACCUGCAGGACUCAGGUGUCCUGGGCUGCCCGCGCACCUGCCUGCACUCUAUUCUAGAUAUCUUGCGAAAGGGGACUGAUGUGCGGGCUGGACCUGUAGCGGUGUGGGACACUCCUCAUCUUGCUGAACUGUGUUACCAGGUGAUCUACCAGCUGUGUGCUUGUGCCGAUACCUCCGGCCCUACAAUGAGGUACCUACGAACCAGCCAGGAUUUCCUCUUCAGCCAGCUUCAGCACCUGCCCUUCUCUGUGGAAGAGUCCGAAAUCUCUGCCAUGAAUCAGAUGUCAUGGCUGAUGAAGACGGCCACCAUAGAACUGCGCAUCACAUCACUAAACCGUCAGCGUUCCCACACACAGAGGCUUCUUCACCUGCUUCUGGAUGACAUGCCGACCAGACCGUAUUCAGCUGAUGGUGAAGGAGGAAUGGAGGACGAAAGCCGCAGCCUCAGUGGGUUUCUGCACUUUGACACAACCUCUAAAGUUCGCAGAAAAAUCCUCCGCAUCCUGGACUCUAUACAGUUCAGCAAUGAGAUCCCGGAGCCCCUGCAGCUGGAUUUUUUCGAUCGCAGUCAGAUAGAGCAAGUUAUUGCUAACUGUGAGCACAAGAAUCGCAGAGGGCAGACCGUCUGCAACGUCAAGCUACUCCAUCGGGUUCUGGUUGCAGAAGUGAACGCCCUUCAGGGAAUGGCUGCUAUUGGUCAGAGGCCUUUGCUCAUGGAGGAAAUAAACACAAUCCUUCAGUACGUGGUGGAAAGGAACAAGUUAUUGCAGUGUCUCCAUGCUAAACGUCAUGCUCUGGAAUCUUGGCGGCAGCUUGUUGAGAUCAUACUGACUGCCUGUCCCCAGGAUCUUAUCCCAACGGAACACAGACAGCUCAUCAUACGGGACCUGCUGCAAGAUCUCCAUGUUAAGAUCCUUGAUGAUGAUGCUGCCCAAGAACUAAUGCCCAUCGUCGCUGGGGCAGUCUUUACACUAACGGCUCAUCUCAGCCAAUCCGUUCGCACCGAGCUAAAACAGCCAAUGACUGCUUCAGGGCUGGGCCAAUCACAAUAUGUCCAAAUGUUGGACGGUUCUUUUGCUGCUCCUCCUGGUACAGAAAAUAUCUCUGCUGGUUUCGCCUCCAUUGGAGACUCUUCCCUUCACAUGAUCCUCAGGAAUCUGCUUGAGUUCAUUCUAAAAACAGGAGGUGGGUUCCAACGGGUCAGGGCCCACCUGUAUGGAUCACUGCUGUAUUACCUGCAAAUCGCUCAGAGACCGGAUGAACCAGAUACUCUCGAAUCAGCCCACAAGUCUAUGUGGGAGCGACUGACUGCCCCGGAGGAUGUGUUCAGUAAACUUCAGCGAGACAACCUGUCCAUAUUUGAGAGCUACGGCACGGCCCUGAUGGAAGUGGUUUGCCGGGACGCAUGCGACGGACAUGAUAUUGGGAGGAUGCUGGCUCUGGCACUGCUUGACCGGAUUGUGUCUGUGGACAGGCAACAACAAUGGCUGCUGUAUCUCUCAAACAGUGGCUACCUGAAGGUUCUUGUGGAUAGCCUGGCAGAGGAUGACGUGGUUCUAAGGAACCUGCUAACUCCUCAGCCUCCGCUCCUGAAGGCCCUCUAUAUCUAUGAGUCGAAAAUGGCAUUUCUAACUCGAGUGGCUAAAAGCUCACAGGGAGCCAUUGAGCUGCUGAGGAGUGGGGUUAUAGUCAGACUCGCUCAGUGCCAAGUAUAUGACAUGCGUCCAGAGACUGACCCCCAUGGAGUGUUUGGCAUGAGGGAGACUCCUGUGUUUAUCCCGGCCCCGGUGGAAAGAUACAGGCAAAUCCUGCUCCCCGCACUCCAGAUCUGUCAGCUCAUCCUGACCUCCAGCACCGCACAACACUUACAGGCCGCGGGACAGGUGUUGCAGUUCCUGGUCGCUCAUUCGGACACCAUUCAAGCAAUUCUCAGGAGCCAGGAGGGAAGUCUUGGUUCCUUGCAGGAGCUGGCUUUGCUUACAGGUAUCAUCAGCAAGGCUGCACUUCCAGGUGUUCUCAACGAGCUGGAUAUCGGUUUAAACGAUGGGUCAAUGAUGGAGUUACAAGGACAUAUUGGACGCUUCCAGCGCCAGUGUCUUGCAUUAUUAAACCGCUUCGGGGGGUCCGAUAGACUUCGGCAGCUCAGUCUGCAAGAUGAUUCCUCCCGGCUGGACGGAGUAAGCAAGAAGGACGACAUGGAAUUAGCCAUGCAACAGAUCUGCUCCAACGUGAUGGAGUACUGCCAGGCCCUCAUGAUCCAGAACUCUCCGAGCUUCCAGCAAACUGUGUGUCUCUUCACCCCCAGCCUCAAGGAGAGCGCCAGCCGAGAUGGGACACGGCAAGAUUCCCAAGUGUCCAUUCUCCCCUCGUGGCGUUUGCCAAGCCUGGGUGUAGUGAUCCACCUUCUGAAGCAAAGCGCCAACAACUUCUUCACUUACUACGAUAUUCACCGGCAGAGCGUCGGCAAACUGCAGAACGUGGAGCAGCUGCCACCAGAUGAAAUUAAAGAGCUUUGCCAGUCAGAGAUGCCGGUCGGUGCAGAUAAAAUCUCAACCACCCAGAAGUACGGCCUGGCACGGCGGCGACUUGUCAAGCUCAUUAACAGCAGAGCCAAACUGCUUUCCCUCUGUAGCUAUAUCAUAGAAACGUGUCUAUACAUUCUGUGGCGCCACUUGGAAUAUUACCUUCUACACUGCACCACCAGCGAUUCCCAGGACCCCGUCUUCUCAAAUAUGACCUUCGGCAACAGAAGAUUUCAAGAUACAUUUAACACUGAUCCCAACAUGGACCCGAGGAACCUUAGACAGAAUAAAGUCAGCCAACAGGACGUUGAUACGCUGCUGAGAGAAGGUGCCAAUAGUUUUGGGGAGUCCCUGCAGAAGCGACUGUUAGACAUCGAAUCGUUGUAUUGCAAGGUGCGAUCCCGUCACAGCUUCAUUCAGGCGCUGGUCCGGCGAAUCAGAGGCCUCCUGCGGGUGUCAAGAGUUUGAUGAUCGGCCCCUGUACAAAUCACACACAAACACACAACUGUUCUGCGCAUUUCUAAGUUAUACCCUACAAAAAAAAACCUUUUUCACUUUUUUCAGAUAUAACAAGUCGGUCUUGUACGGAACUUUUUUUACUGCCACUUGCAAAUCUAUUAAAAUAAAUAUUCCCUUA